AUGAGCCCAGCUGAGCGACCUGCCCAGCCUAUAGUAGGAGCAGCCGAACAGGCUGCUCCGGAUCAGAUGGCAGCAGGGACCUCAGGGGCGCUGAGGGGCGACUUUGGAGAGGUCGACACUAUUCCCCCAGCCCUGGCUCAAAAAGAUGUUGACGAGCUGGCGGAAAAAUACGAAAUUCCGGCCCAGUUCGAGCCCAGGGCCGCCCGUCCAGGGGAGGUCGCCAGCCGACCUCCCCCUGGCUUCGUGGCGAUCUACAGGGACCAACUGAUGGCUGGCCUCCGUCUGCCCAUCCCCAACUUCCUCUUCUUCAUUCUUACCUUCUGGGGUAUUCGCAUAACCCAGGUCAUCCCCAACGCUGUUCGCUCUAUCAUAGGCUUUUUCAUCCUCUGCCGAGCACUCGAAAUCCCUUUUUCUCUUGACCUAUUUCGAGCCUUCUUCCAGAUGAAGGUCAGCGGGAAGGUGCCUGGGUGGUUCUACUUCGCCCGACGAAGUGGAACGAAAACCCCCACCCGCGAGGUGUUUACGGGGGCACCUUCCUCCAUCAAGGACUGGAAGCCUCAGUUCUUCUUUGUGAAGAACCUAGGUUUUCCUCCCCUUACCUGGAGAGCAGAGACUCAAGUCUCAGAUCCCAUUCCGUCCCCGCUCCCCGUGUCCGAGCUAAGCCGCCUACUCAGCUCGGACACGAAGCUGGACGUGAAGGAGUUCAGCAAUGGCCAGCUUUGGGCGGCGGGGCUGAUCCGAGCUAGCUCCUCGGAUCCUUCCUUAGAGGAUAGGCCACUCUCGACAGACGAGCUGGACGCCUUGAAACGGUUUUCCUCACUUCUAUCCAUUGGCGGUAGCAGCAACCCGGGCGCCGCUACUCAGACUCCGUCGGCCAUCCCAGCCAGCUCGGUGCCUGCUCCCGUACCUCAGCCAGCUCCCGCCCAAUCCUCCAAGGCGGUUGAGGCUGGGAAGAAAAAGAAAAAGAAGACCACUGCUAAGAGAGUCAGGGUGGAAACGCCCUCGUCCCCAGCUCGGGAGGAGAGGCCAACACCCGAGCCCGCCCAAAGCGGCCACUACGGCGUGAACACCGUCGAAGAGCAAGCCCGCGCUGAAGCUCCUCCAAACCUGUGGCAACGCCAAAGCUCCCUGCUCUUCGACCCCCAGACGCAGCUGACGACGCACCAACACCCUAUGCACUUCUGCCCCCAGUGGAAGCUAUCCAUAAACGACCGAGCUCAGUUCCCAGACGCAGCUCGGGAGCUUAUCCAGGGCGCCAUCCUUCCACGCGACUUCAACCUAGUCAAGACCAUGGAUUCGUCCGAUCUCCUCAAUUACUAUUACACGGGAGCAGCACAGAUGAACGUGGUCGGGCCCGAACUGGCUAAGCGUUACGAGGGCCUGCUCCCCCUGCUGACUGAAACGAAGGCGGCCAACGAGAAGUUGCUCAGCCAGAACGCAGCAGCUGUGGCCGAAGCUGAAGGCCUGAAGAAGCAGCUCGCGCAAGUCCACACAAACUUCGAGCUAGAACUGAAGAAAAACGCCGAUCUAACCUCACAGCUGAAAGAGGAACAGCAAAAGGCAGCUGGGUUGUCUGCUCAGGCAGAGGCAGCUAGGGCUGAGGGAAGCCAGGAGGGUGUGCGGACCUUCCUGAGGUCCGAGGAGUUCAGGGGCGACCUGGCCAUCCUGAAUACCCCCGUUCUGCAGCACGGGUAUUCCCAGGCCCUGCAGGAAGUGCAGGGGCUAGGGCUACCCGGGUUUGACCUGGGAAACUUUCCCAGCUACAAUCCCCUAGCUGUGGAGCAGCUCGACCGCCUGGUGGAGGGCUAUACGCACGGGCGGAAGCUGGUCGACCUGGUUGCCGACCCCCUGCUGCCAGUGACCACUCCUGAAUCCGAGCAGGAGGAGGAGGAGGGUGAAAACUAG